GUCAUUUCCCCUGUUGGCAGUUCAAGGGGAAGGCAUCAGUUUCUGUUUUUAUCUUUCUCUGCAGAGUUCAAAGAGGCUUUCUCGCUCUUUGACAAGGAUGGCGACGGCACCAUCACCACCAAAGAGCUGGGCACUGUCAUGCGCUCUCUGGGCCAAAACCCCACAGAGGCUGAACUGCAGGACAUGAUCAACGAGGUGGACGCUGAUGGUGAGGCCAGCUUUGGCACAACUUCCUGUCAUGACUAGACGUGUGCGCACACAGUCACUAAAGAGAUGUCCUAAACAUGUUUGUUCUCCCUCCCAGGUAAUGGAACGAUAGACUUCCCAGAGUUCCUGACCAUGAUGGCGAGGAAGAUGAAGGACACAGACAGUGAGGAGGAGAUCAGAGAAGCAUUUCGUGUCUUUGACAAGGUAACACUUGUCAGGAUGAAUGCAGAGAAGGUGUUUGGGUGUAGGGCAGUGCUCUCUAACUGACUUGUGCUCUGCUCUAGGAUGGGAACGGUUACAUCAGUGCUGCUGAGCUGCGCCACGUGAUGACAAACCUUGGGGAGAAGCUGACUGAUGAGGAAGUUGAUGAGAUGAUUAGAGAAGCAGACAUUGAUGGAGAUGGCCAGGUCAACUAUGAAGGUUGGUACAAAAUAUUAUUUAAAACAAAUUUCCUCAAUUUUGAUAAUUUUCUCUUGGAUUGUGUCAAACUAACAUUGGCUUUUUAUCUCAUUUGCAGAGUUCGUACAAAUGAUGACGGCGAAGUGA